AGGAAAGAUGCCUCCCAUCCCUCCUCCUUCUUACCCGCAUCGUAUUGUGCUUUAUCAUCAGACACUACAUCCAGACCGAGGGCCCUAUGUUUCAAUGCUGCCCCUGCUCAACAAUCACACUGGCACCACCCAUGUCAUUCUCGCCGCGUUUCAUCUCAACGCUCCCAAUCCCAACCACAUCACGCUCAACAAUGAUCCUCCCGAUAAUCCCAUGUACGACCGACUAUGGGCCGAAGUCUCUAUUUUGCAAGAGAGCGGCAUUAAGGUGAUGGGCAUGCUUGGCGGUGCCGCUCCUGGCACCUUUACCUGUUUAGAUGGUGACGAAGCUCAAUUUGAGCAGUACUACGGCCCUCUUCUGGACAUGAUACGUCGUCAUGGCCUGGAUGGAAUCGAUCUGGACGUCGAGGAGCCCAUGUCGCUUGCCGGCAUCGUGCGUCUUAUUGAUCGGCUCAAGGCGGAUCUGGGCGAGAGGUUCAUCAUCACCCUCGCCCCAGUGGCAGCGGCCCUACUGGGAAUCGGGAAUUUGUCUGGCUUUGACUAUCGCCUAUUGGAGCAGCAGCGCGCCGGUAGCAUUGCGUGGUACAAUACUCAGUUCUACAAUGGCUGGGGUCCAGCGGACGAUCCCCGCAUGUAUGCGGCUAUUGUGGCGCAAGGCUGGUCUCCGGCCAGGAUUGUCUACGGCCUCUUGACCAAUCCAGGCAAUGGGUCGCAGGGAUAUGUGCCGCAAGAGGUAAUAGGGCCUGUGCUAGCAACGUUGGUGGAACAGUUUCCAAAUUUUGGCGGCGUCAUGGGCUGGGAGUACUUCAAUUCAAUGCCCGGGCGGCUAGAACGGCCGUGGGAAUGGGCAGCACAGAUGUCAUUGAACAUGGGGUUGAAUAAAGUAUUGCGAAUAGCGAGGGAAUUGCUGGUGUCCCGAUCAAGAUAGGUUGAGGCUAUACCGAAUGACAUCAUAUGAUCGUCGAGGCUAUUUUCUCCGCCUUGGCCUUCCAGCUCCUUUCUUCAUUUAUCUUCGCGCUCGCACAUGAGAUGUAGAUAGGUGG